ACCUUGCUCACAAACUCUAUAUAACAAAUUAACUCUUCCCUAACCAAAAAAAAAUUACAAAAAUGCUUAAACUUCUCUUUCUCUUAGCUGCCCUCAUCUUGAGCAGCAAUGCUUCUGUUCAAGAUUUCUGUGUAGCAGACUUAAAAGGUCCAGAAUCACCUGCUGGUUAUUCUUGCAAAAGUGUCACAAAUGUCACAGUUGACGAUUUCGUGUUUUCUGGGCUUAGUAAAGCUGGAAACACAGCAAGCAUUAUUAAGGCCGCAGUUACACCAGCAUUUGCAGCCCAAUUUCCAGGCCUUAAUGGGCUUGGGAUUUCUGGGGGGCGUUUGGACUUAGCACCAGGUGGUGUAAUUCCAUUUCACACUCACCCUGGUGCUUCUGAAAUUUUACUUGUGACUCAAGGCCAAAUUACUUGUGGAUUUGUUUCUUCAGCAAAUACUGUUUACUUAAAGACACUUAAAAAAGGUGAUUUAAUGGUAUUUCCACAAGGAUUAUUGCAUUUUCAAGUGAGUGCUGGAUACACUUCUGUGGGUUUUAUAUUUUUUAGCAGCUCUAAUCCAGGUCUUCAGAUAACUGAUUUUGCAUUAUUUGCUAAUGAUUUGCCAACUAAGUUGGUGGGGGCCACCACAUUCCUUGAUGAAGCAACAAUUAAGAAACUCAAGGGUGUGCUUGGAGGCACUAACUAAGAAUCUAACAUUUUGUUUAGCUGUUAAUCUUUUUCUUUCCCCUGUCUGUUUUUGAGUAUUUUCCUUGUCUGCUUUUUCUUCUCUGUUGAUGAUUUUUUUUGUAAGUGCUGUGUUUUUCUAAGGUUGUUUUGUUUCUUUAAGUUCUGUUGUUUGGGAAUAAACAACCUUUUUUCCUACCAUGAUGAAAGUCAGGGGCGGAAGUAGAGUGUUA